AUGUUCGCAGACCUUAAACGCAUAUUGACCCACGUGAGAGGCACUUUCCAGAGCAAACAUGUCAAACAAGGGCAGGCCGAAGGCAAGUUCAAGGAGAGCGAUGAGGAUGACUUCCACGUCACCUUUGAGCUACUCUAUAAGGUUGUGUCCAAGCAAAGACCGGCAUAUCUGCGAGCCACCAAACCUACGACAAAGAAUGGCGCUGCAUCUCGCUUAGAAGUGGCUGCUGCUGCCCUACGCCUUGCUGUUGAGAUUGGGAAUCCAUUUGUUAGGUUCAAGACAGCUCUAUCAGUACUGGAUCACAUCGUCGAUACUCUUCCUACUGCCGAUGGAUCCUGGUGUGAGCCACUUGUCAACGACUACCUCAAAACCUUCAGAAUAUUGCUCGAUCAUGCUCCACAUGUAGAGCACAUGCGUCGCAAGCAAUGGCAGACGUACGUGGACUUUACUCUGGCUGCACUGUCUUCUGCUUUUGAUGAUGGCAUGCCGGAAGGCGAUUCAGCACACAGUCAGGCUACAAGUGUGGCUUCCAAGGACGGCCACCACAUGUCAGUGCGCGUCAGCCAAAUAAGCGCGCGAACCCCUGGAAAGGACAUAGCCUUACGAGCCGAAGAAAUCAUUCUUGCAUUGAAGAACUUGACCUCGGUGACGAAUGCUCCGAUCAUGACUCGUUCCUCUGUCAUUGGGCACACGGUACGAGAGUUUCUAGAGACCGCUACACGAUCGCAAGAAGUGGCCUUCGAGGUAGUGAACAACGUCGUGCGUGUUUCUUUGACCGAAGAUGUGGCGCUUACGCAACGUUUGUUGUGCGACUUGAUGCCCGUGAUGCGAAGACUGUCGUCGAGAUCAGCUUUAAUUCGGGAACGAAUCAUCGCGAUCUUGUUCCCUUGUCGAUACCUCUUCCUUGCUUCAGAAGGCCCAUGGCCGUGGACUGACAUGUCCAAUCUCGAACACCUCUUGAAUACCUUGUUAUCCGAGUACACUGCGAGAAAUGGAAGAGACCUACUCCAUUUUGACGAUUUGCAACCCGUUCUUGCAGGAGAUAAAUCUCCGCUUCAGGUAAAACAGUUCAAGCCGCUGCGUGACUCGGCAAGAGCAGUGUCCUCCUGGAUGACGUUGUCGGUCAUCGCCAGCAUUCUCCUAGCCUUGAGCCGGAGAGUGGACUCGCAAAGUGCCGAUGUCGCUGACGGAGACGCUCCACGCAAGCGACGACGAGUCCAGACACGGCUUGAGGAGGUUUUACAGCUUGCGGCCGAAGGUGCUGGUCAAGAGAAGCUCAUCGCGUUACAGGUCGUCUUCUUCCUGCAGGACCAAUCGACGCACAUCCAGCAAGAAUCACUCUACAGAGUGACCACAGUUCUCUCUGAUUUUUCCCAAGAAGAUGGUGGUGUACAGACGUGGAUCUUUCUUGUUUUUGGGCGGCUUGCUCUUCACGACGACUUCACCAAGCAAACCCCGCCAGUAUUCUGGCGCCACAUUUGGGACGCUGCCCGCCGUGGAAUGUCUGUCACGACUACUGUCCGAGCUGCAUGUCACAUAUUGGGGGUCAUGGUAGAGGCAGGGCUUUUAGGCCCAGCACUGAACGGUGUUUUUAUUGAAAACACCAUGUUUGGAGGAGGCAGCACCGGGCCUUCCAUCCUAACCGACACAUCAUUAAACAUGUUUACAACCAUCUUACGCGCCGGCAUACUGGAAACUCAGAAGCAGUUUGAAGCUUUCUGCUUCAAGGUAGUAGCGUGGCUUAGUGCCCGCUGGACUCUUCCCACGACGCUCGAUCGUUUGCACAACGCCCACGUUGCUUUCCAUGCCAAACCAGAGUAUUUGUACAUGCUCUUAGUGGCCAUGUGCGGCAAACCCGCCCCUGCACAUCCUAGCGAUGACUGGUCUCCAUGCCACCAGCUGUGGAAGCACUCGCUGGCUUCGUCGUUGCAUCUCGGCUUUUUGCGCUUUCUUCUCGGGCUGUCUCCUGAAGACACGGCACCGACUGAGUCUAGUAGACCAAGGAAUACGUUUCAGCUUGAUCCAUCCACAGCUGGUCGCCUGACCCGAGGGUUGAUGGAUCUCCUGGCCGGACGAUUGCAGGAGUUCGUCCUUUCGUGGGAGGCGAUACACGCCGAGCGCAGUGUGAAUAUAGGAAGUGAUAUCGUCGAGAUCGUUGCAGUCGCCUCUAUUGUUUCAUUAGCGUUCUGGGUGCGUUGCGGUCGACCUCAACCCGAAGCCCACCCGCCAUCAGUGUGGUCGAAGAGCCGCAAACUUGUCAUGCAGUUCGUACUUCACGAUAUCGAUGGUGCCUCUCAACACAUGGCCGCCCGAAUUUGUGGCUUCGUUGCCGACCUUCACAACCAGUUGGACCUCGAGGAGGCAGACUUGAGUUGCAAAGAAUAUCAAUCUAUCAUAGAGUCGGCGCUGGAACUUGCUAGACGUUUCAUGCCGUCUGAGGCGCCUGCAGAUGCUUCUGAUCCGGACCUCCUGGAUUGGGAGACAACGGACACGAGAGCGUCUUGGAACGCCCAGGCCAGCGUUACUGCCGAUGUUUUGAGGGUCGAUCUCCCUAUCUGCCAGGAUGUGCCAACGCUCCUGGCAAGACGCUUGAUCGAGUUAACAACUAUUCUUCAAACGGUGAAAUCGCAGCAGACUCUCGACCCAGCAGCCGCUGCUUGCGUCGUGGAUGAAAUCCUGACGCUCGAUCCAACAUCACUCAUCGCAGCGCGCGGCGCUGUUGAAGACUUUCUUUCUUUGGGCUCUGGCAUUUCACGUGCAGACGCUCACCGACUUCUUGAGAGACUCGCGGAGUUCUAUCUCGCGGAGGAGGCCUACGAACGUUGUGAAUCUGUGCAAUGUUUUUGUCUCAGAGUAUUGUGCGGCCUUGUGGCGCUCUGGGCCGUGGAUGAGGAAGACGAUGAUCUCGCGGCGGUUGCGUUCGACAUCUAUGAGUGGUUCCUCAACACUGUCCUAGCUAAAAACAUUGCAUCGCCGAAAGUCCUGUCUACUUUGGCGGAUUUGCUAGAUGUUCUGCUACGGGUCAACUCGUCUUACGGAGGCGAAGAUUUGGCGUCUCCUAGGACAAGUCUUCUGAAAAUCCUCCAGGUCAGCGAUGCUUCAGGACAGUAUCGGAUGGCAGAGAAGCUAUCCCAUAUUUUUGAGAAAUACGUUCUUGAUCAGCAUGAGGCCAUCUUCGAUGAUAUUGUGGAAAACCUGCCAGCUGAUGCAGACAAGAAGGAAGGAAUUGCUGUGCGAUUACACAUUGUUGCCCAUCUGGACUCCCGAUGGCACACGGUUCUGCGCCGAGCAACUUAUCAUCUGUUUGAGACAGUCGCCAACGUCCCUUCAACCACAGAGAUUGCGCGGAGCUGCAUUAAAAAUACCUGUAAGAAACUGCAAAUUGAACAUCCCAGUCGACUCUUCAAGCUUUUCUCGCCUCAGAUCUUCUAUACCUGGCUUUCGAGAGACACACUUUCUCGCAUGCCCUUCCGUGCUUUCGACUACGGCACGUUGAAGGAACUGGCUUUGGACAACAUAUCCGAGCUCACAGGACAGAUUGCACUUCGAGGAUCUAGUCAUGCCGAGGAGCUUGGACAGCUGGUUGGGCAAGACUGGAAAUCCCUGCUGGUCCAGGAAUUCGCCUACGUGGAAGCAUACACACUCUCAUCAGAGACCAGUUUACCCAACGAAGAGCGGCUAUAUGACGGGUCCGAGAAGCUGGUCAGAAAACAAUUGGGAUCUGAGCACCAUCUCGAGCUGCUUCGCUCGUCGCUCCCGGACAUCAUUGCCCGCCUCAUCAUAUCGCUCAAAGAUGACCGAGGCAUUGACAAGGCUUUUGAAAAGAACCAGCAAGCAGGUAUACUCCAAGCGUGGCAGGAAAUGGCCGGCCACUCUACCCAGGAUAUCCAGCUACCCCUUUCCCAGCAGCCAUGUUUUCGCGCAAGAUGCCUUGUGGAUGAAUUCAAAUACAUCUGCAUGCGAUUGAAUCUCCAGCAAGACGAGCUCUGGUCCCCAGCGUUGUUGGUACAUGUCUACCGCCAGCUGCUGGACAAGGCCAGGCCGGCGUUUGGGCCAUUGCACAUCUGCAACGUCAUCCGAAAGAUCAGAAUAGUGGUCAGCCUUGCCGGGUCGAUGGCCUUGACUGGUUAUCCGUUGGAAAUGCUCCUUCACAAUCUGCGGCCUUAUUUGACUGUGUUUGAUUGUGCCGAAGACACCAUGGGCAUAUAUCGCUAUCUGUUGCUUCAUGGAGCGCAACAUUUGCGUUGUCGCCUUUCUUUCGUCGCCGGUCUCGGUGUAGCUACUUUUGCCUCUUUGACCGGCUUCAUUGCAUCCCCUCAAGAAAGCACUACACAAGAUAGCCACUUUGUAGCAACCAUCACGAAGGCCCAGGAGUUUCGAACAUUCCUUGGUCAAUACCUGGAGACCUUUGAUCCCAAGGAUGUGACAAAGCAUGCUCUGGCGACAUUCAAACGAAUUGUGCAGCAUGCCGGGGCGAUUACGCAACCAGGGAACAAUGCCAGAAGCACGAGCGAGGGAAGUCUACUCCAUGCACUCUUGUCAGACCGAAGCAGUGAGCAUCCCCUUCUCACCGACCUGCAUUUUGAGCUAUCCAUCGAGAUAUUAUGCCACAAAUUCUCGCUUUCAGCCGAUGCCCAGGAUGACAUUCUCGGUGACGAUCUGACUGCAGCUCGAUUUUCUUCUGCUUUGGCUUCAGUCCUGAAGAGACUUCGCUUGAACGAAUCCUUCCGCAUAUGGGCUGCUCAAGGGAUCGGGCGAGGCUACAUUGUCCGCGGGCUGCACUUGAAAUUCAGUGAGAUCUUGAAAAUUGAACAGUCAAUGGUCUCCUUGGCGGGGCACGAUCUGGAUGAAGUCUCCUCAUAUACAGGGAUCGUGAGUUAUCUGGCGGAUAUGCUGUGGAAGGCCGAUUUCACCACGUCCGCUUUUGCUGAGAAAACUCUACAGCACAUCUUCAGUUCACUUAAUGCGGCAACCGAGCAUGUGGUGCUUGAUCCGGAGUUUGACCGGGUCUUGGUAGAUGGACUCAGGUUCUACGACUUCCCUUGUCCUCCUAUUCGAGAGUCGUCCUAUCUAGCCCCUGAAAAGGGUCUCAACGCGGCUGCCAGCAAAACUUCAGGUAACCAGCCUCCAGCAUGGGCUGCCACGACGCUACAAGCUAUAUGUCACGAUUCGGCUAGUGACCCCGUCUUAGCCUUCCUCAAUCACCUCAUUGCUGCAAUCCCGGAUUGUGUCGACAUGUUGUUCCCUUACGCUGUCCAUCUUGCCUUGCUCAGCGAGCUAGAUAGGCCUCAAACUUUCAAGGAGAAUCUGUCACAAAGCUUUUCUCAGAUCCUGCGUGGUGAGGUACAGUCGACGAAGCAAGCUCAGCAACUGGUACUUAGAACGCUACUGUACUUGCGAGAGUGCAAGAUCCCCCGCGAAGAAAACAACGCCCAGCGGAACUUGUGGCUCGAUAUCGACCUUGGUGACGCCGCUAUCGCAGCAGCCAAUUGCCAAAUGUGGCACGAGGCUCUGCUGUUUCUCGAGUUACAGCAUUCUCAGGCGCAACUCCAAGGAGGACGCACCUCCCGCAGGUCGUUGGUCAACGCGGAUUCUGUACCACCCGACGUGGUGGCCAAGAUCUACGAGAAUGUCGACGACCCGGAUUUCUUCUACGGGAAACAUGAAGAAUUUGAUUUACAGUCUGUCAUUCACAAAUUGAGUCAUGAAAGUGCCAGUCAAAAGUCUUUGUUGUUCCAAAGCGCGAUGCUUGACUCGCAACUACGGAUGAACGAGCAUGAACAAGGCUUGAGCAGUGUUGCGCAGAGAACCGCCACGACUUUGAGCGCUGCCAAUAUGCAAGGGAUUUCCGAUGCCGUAAGGGGCUAUUAUGAAAGCUUGGACGAUCUCUCAAUCCCACCUGAAGAGCAUUGGGACAUCUUACCGGCUCAAGAACCGAACGAGUAUCCGAGGAGUGUGACAGAUUUGCUCCCCGGUAUGUUUAGCACUCCAAAUGCGACCAUUCUUUGUCAAGAGUUGGAUAGGUCUCUGCUCAAGGUCGUGGACAUGUUGAGAAGCGAAGCAGUGGAUAAGGACCUCACAGCUCAACUCCUUUCCCAGAUGGCAGUUCUUGCGGAGACGAAGCAGAUCGUAGGAGGAUCAACAAUAAACAAUCUGACGACAACCAUCAACACAAUAGGGAAGAGGAACGAGAAGACCAAGUUCGCAGAAUUCGAAAAGCUAUCCCCAAUUCUAGUGGGCCGAGAAAACGCCUUCACCGCCAUCCGCAAAAAUGCCAGCCUACAGAGUACCCUGUCUGUGAGCUUGGGAGAAGCUUUGCUGUGUGAGAUCCGAGUCGCACGGCAAUCACUGGAAAUGGCUUCCAACUAUGAAGUACCUCAGUUUGGGUUGAAUCGUGCCAUCUAUCUGAACCAACUCAACGAGCUGGCUGUUCAGGCCGGCCUCAAAGUCGAUAUAGCCGUGCAGUACGAUCUCGCGACGACCUUCUGGGCACAGAAUGAAGUCUCGGCCAGCAUUGGUAUUCUUCAGAACUUGAAACAACGCAAUGACACAGCCAAGCAGGCGAUCCACAUCACAAAAGCCGACCUCCUCACCGAUCUCGGGCACAAGGUCGCAGAAGCACGGCUCGAGAAGCCGGACGAGAUCAUCGAAGGCUAUCUUCUACCUGCCUUCAAGGAAUUACAUGGCCGCGCCGUCGGCCCCGAGGCUGGGCGAGUCUUCCACAACUUUGCCGCCUUCUGUGAUAUGCAAUUACAGGAUCCCGAUAACUUGGAUGAUUUCACCCGGAUCAGCAAAAUCCGAGAUCGAAAGAUGCGCGAUAUCGAGGACCUGGAGAGAAUGAGCAAUAACGGUGAUGAACGGCAGCAGAGGCAACUGAAGUCACACCUGCAAAGGGCGAGGGAGUGGUUCAAGCUCGACGAUCAGGAAUGGAAACGAGUCUCGCAGAACCGACAGACCCUGAUCCUCCAGUGUCUGGAGAAUUAUCUCCUCUCCAUGAGAGCGUCAGAUGAAUAUCCCAACGACACCCUCCGGUUUCUGGCGUUGUGGUUGAAUCAAGCCGACAGCAAAGAAGCCAACAAGUCGGUGCGCAAGCACCUCAGUACGGUGCCGUCGUACAAGUUCGCUCCUCUCGUCAACCAGCUGUCCUCGCGGCUGUUGGAUAUCCAUGAUGACUUCCAGCAAUUGCUCAUGGAGCUCAUGUUUCGAAUAUGCUCUGACCACCCGUACCACAGCUUGUACCAAGUGUUUGCCGCCUGCAAGAGCAAGGCAUCCAAGGCAGACGAGGUGGCCAUGUCUCGCAACGCGGCAGCUAACAAGCUUGCCGGGCUCAUCAGCAAAAAAAGCGUGUCGUCGGCCAUCUGGAUCGCGAUCCAUAACUGCAGCAUCGCUCUGUACAGAGUGACCCAAGAGAGGCCGUCGGACAAAGACCUAAAGACGGGCUCCAAGUUUCAGCUUCGAAAGCUGCCGACCGCCCAAAGACUGGAACAAACCCUGAGCACGGCUCAUGUCAAGAUCCCUCCACCGACCAUGACCAUCCCGCUGCGCCCCGACCGCGACUAUUCUGCAAUAGCGGCGUUCAGCAAGUUCGACCCAAUCAUCACCAUUGCAGGAGGCGUCUCGGCUCCAAAGAUCAUGACCAUGAUUGCCACGGACGGCUCGCGUCACAAGAUGCUCUUGAAGGGUGGCAAUGACGAUCUGCGACAGGACGCAAUCAUGGAACAAGUCUUCGAACAAGUGUCGAAUCUCCUCAAAGAACACCGCACGACGCGGCAACGAAACCUGGGCAUCCGCACGUACAAAGUGAUACCCCUGAACACGAACGCCGGCAUCAUCGAGUUUGUCAAAGACACGAUCCCGCUGCACGACUUCCUCCUGCCUGCACACACGCGCUAUUUCCCGCGAGACUUCAAGCCAACGCGGUGCAGAAAAGAGAUCUCGGAUGCGCAGGGCAAGCUGCUCGUGGACCGCAUCCGCGCCUAUCGAACGGUUAUCGCCAACUUCCACCCAGUGAUGCGCUUCUUCUUCAUGGAGCGGUUCCCGGACCCGGACGACUGGUUCUACAAGCGACUGAACUACAGUCGGUCCACAGCCGCAGUGAGUAUUCUAGGCCAUGUCCUCGGACUGGGCGAUCGACAUGGCCACAAUAUCCUCAUGGACGAAAAGUCCGGGGAAGUCGUGCACAUCGACCUGGGCGUGGCAUUCGAGGCAGGCCGCGUGCUGCCGGUGCCAGAAGUGGUGCCGUUCCGCCUGACUAGAGAUCUGGUGGACGGCAUGGGCCUGACGGGGGUCGAGGGCGUGUUUCGCCGAUGCUGCAAUUUCACGCUCGAGGCCCUGCGCCGAGACCAGGAAGCCAUCAUGACCAUCCUCGACGUCCUGCGCUACGAUCCGCUCUAUUCCUGGUCUGUCUCGCCCCUGCGCCUGCAGAAGAUGCAGGAGAACCACGCCCAGGACGACGCCCCCGCCGCAACGGGCGUCCUGAAUCCAGGCGCGGGCGGAGGGGAUGGGCCCAACAAGAGAGACGCGGUCGGCGAGCCCAGUGAGGCGGAUCGUGCGCUGACUGUGGUGGCGAAGAAACUUAGCAAAUCCCUCAGUGUCGAGGCCACUGUCAACGAACUCAUUCGGCAAGCUACGGACGAGAAAAACCUGGCCGUGUUGUACUGUGGGUGGGCUGCUUAUGCUUGA